AUCGCCCACACACAGCACAACAACAAUUCUUUGGUGGAUGGGCUUCAAGUUCAAAGACGACUGCAGCGAGCUAGGUCGUACUCUCUGACAGAUACAUAGUCAAAUCGAGAUUCCUGUUCGGCGCGCUUCGAUCCCCACGACUUCUCAAAUCUACGAUAGGCAGUAUAUUAGCACGUCUUGCAUUCUGUUCGCUGGCAACUCGGCCCCAAGAACGAACGGGCAAAUUGCCCCACCACGUACCAAAUUUCCUCCCGAUUUCAGCCUGCGAUUGCGAAAACUACGACGCUCGAUAAGCCUGUUCUAGACCGGGUUCAGCGAACUGUGAUCUAGGGGGGCGUCGCUCAUACGUGUACACGCGUGCCAACUGAGUCAAAGUUACAACUACAUCCGUCAACAUGUCGCGCCCUGAGGACACCCUCCAGGCCGACGUCCACUACGACGAUGUCGAGGCGCGCAAGUACACGACAAGCUCCCGGAUCCAAAACAUCCAGGCCGCCAUGACGCGGCGGGCGCUCGAGCUCCUCAACCUCAAGUCCCCGAGCUUGAUCCUCGACAUCGGUUGCGGGAGCGGCCUGUCGGGGGAGAUCAUCUCGUCCGUCUCGGAAGAGGACGGCGGCCCGCACGUGUGGGUGGGGAUGGACAUCAGCCCGUCGAUGCUGGACGUGGCGCUGCAGCGGGACGUCGAGGGCGACCUGCUGCUGGCCGACAUCGGGCAGGGGGUGCCGUUCCGGCCGGGCACGUUCGACGCCGCCAUCAGCAUCAGCGCCAUCCAGUGGCUCUGCAACGCCGAGAACAGCGAGACGUCCCCCGCCGGCCGGCUGACCCGCUUCUUCAACGGGCUCUACGCGGCGCUCAAGCGGGGCGGCAUGGCCGUCUGCCAGUUCUACCCCAAGAACGACGUGCAGAAGCAGAUGAUCACCUCGGCCGCCGUCAAGGCCGGCUUCGGCGCCGGCCUGCUCGAGGACGACCCGGACACCAAGAACGUCAAGGUCUACCUGGUCCUGACCGUGGGCAACACCGCCGUGGCCGGCAAGGGCGGCGACAUCACGGGCGUCGUCGACGGCAUGGACAACGUCGAGGUGUUGGACAACCGGAAGAAGAAGGCCAAGAGCGGCAAGGGCGAGAUCAAGAAGGGCAGCAAGGCUUGGAUCAUCAAGAAGAAGGAGCAGAUGGAGCGGAAGGGCAAGAUCGUCAAGGCCACCUCCAAGUACACCGGGCGGAAACGGCGCCCUCAGUUCUGAUGAUCUCUCGGUUUUCUUUCCUGCAUUUUUUUUCUUCAUAUUUCUUUUGCUGCAUCUUCCUUUUCAGGGGCUGCAUUUGGAAGGGGCGUUUUGGGUCUGGCGACAAAAGCACAUAUACUGUUGAUAUACUUUCCUUUUUGGCGCACAAAUCUGAUACCCUGCUUUUUGUUUUCUUCCCCGUGGCUUCGAUUUUCACAUAUGUUGCUUGCCGUUACGGUUAGACUCUGAACCACUAGAAGAGACAUCUCGGGGCCGCGUUGCUCCCUCCCUUCGAGCUCGUCCAUCUCUUGCUUU